AUGGAAGAAAAUCAUCAUUUACAUGAUAAUGCAUUGCUUCAUCCAGAUGAACAUUAUUUGAAAAAUCGAACAGAUUCGAAUUGCAGUCAAGUUUCAAGGAUGCCGAAUAUUAAAGUAUUUGGUGGAUCAUCUCAUCCGGAACUGACACAAUUGAUCUGUGCUCGACUCGGUCUCGAGCCAGGAAGAGUCAUAACAAAGAAAUUUAGUAAUCGGGAAACAAGUGUGGAAAUCAAUGAAUCUGUACGUGGUGAAGAUGUUUUUAUUGUUCAAAGUGGUUGUGGAGAAAUCAAUGAUAAUCUUAUGGAACUAUUGAUUAUGAUCAAUGCAUGUAAAAUAGCUUCAGCAUCACGAGUCACUGCCGUCAUUCCAUGUUUUCCUUAUGCACGACAAGAUCGAAAAGAUAAAAGUCGAGCACCAAUCUCAGCGAAACUCGUCGCCAAUAUGUUGAGUGUUGCUGGUGCUGACCAUAUCAUCACGAUGGAUUUACAUGCAUCACAAAUUCAAGGAUUUUUCGAUAUUCCUGUUGAUAAUCUUUUUGCAGAACCGGCUGUUAUUCGAUGGAUUUCUUUACAUAUUCCAGAUCAUAAAAAUGCUGUUAUUGUCAGUCCGGAUGCUGGAGGUGCUAAACGUGUGACAGCAAUUGCUGAUCGAUUGAAUAUUGAUUUUGCCUUGAUUCAUAAAGAGCGAAAACGAGCGAACGAAAUUGAUUCAAUGGUGCUGGUUGGUGAUGUCACCAAUCGUGUUGCUAUUCUCGUUGACGACAUGGCUGAUACAUGCGGAACAUUUGAAUGUGCAUCACAAAAAUUAUUGAGUGCAGGUGCAAGUAAAGUUUACGCGAUUUGCAGUCAUGGAAUAUUUAGUGGCCCGGCUAUAGAAAGGAUUAAUAAAUCUCCAUUUGAAGCCGUGGUUGUGACGAACACGAUUCCACAAGAAGAAAAUAUGAAGAAUUCGAGUAAAAUUCAGGCUAUCGAACUACAGCAAAUGAUGCUGUCAUUAAUGCGAAUGAAUGUCACUGAGUCAGAAGAAUGCGAGGGUGGAAAAGACAUGCGAACGAAACGAUCCAAUGUCAGAGCUGUAAUCGAUGUUUCAAUGAUGUUUUCCGAAGCAAUUCGUCGAACUCAUAAUGGUGAAUCAGUUUCGUAUUUAUUUACUCAAAUGCCGUUGUAA